UUUAUUUCCGUGACGUGUUCAUGUCACGCAAAUUGCGUGGGCGUGUCGAGGCUGGGCGCGGCUCGCCAUGCGCUGCGCAAAUUGCGCAUGUUUGUUUCUUUCCUGUUGCUGCUCCCGAAUACGGAAGACAAAACAAUUUGAGGGCAGAUUGAGAACUUUCUAUAACACCUGAAGUGUAAGAAUGUGGCCAAAUCAAGGUCCACCCAACCCAGCCUUCCCCCCUGGUUACAACCCCGCAUUUCCCUCCAUCCCCCCCGCAGGUGCUUUCCCCCAGCCCCCACGCCAACAGUACCCGCCCGUCCAGUACCCAGCAGGCGUCAAUCCAGCAAUGAUACCCAACAUAUUACCGCCAACCGCCCCGUCCCACGCCACGGUUCGGGGACCGCACUCCUACCCCUUGGCACCCGGCGGGUAUCCGGUAGCCCUCGGCGGAGUUGUCCACCCUGGUGCGUACCCGCACUCCCCGAAAGGCCACCACCACAAAAAAAAGGACCACCACAAAAACAAGGCCCAUCACUACCAUGGGGGGGUCAACCCCAUCAAUCCCUUGAGCGGGGCACUAGGUGGGGGCCUCGCUGGCAUGGCCAUGGGAAUGGUGGGACAUAAACACCACAAGAAGUUGAAGAAGGGGAAGAAGCUGAAGGGGCACAAGAUGCACGGCCAUCACCAUCAUGGCGGCAAGUCCUCCAGUAGCAGCAGCAGCAGUAGUAGCAGCAGCAGCAGCGACUCUGACUGAUGGCAUCAUCCAAUGUGUAUGCCACGAUACAAUGAUCACAUGACUACUUGCUAAAACAUAUUGCUGUGUAUCAAUAGACACUGAAUGGAUUUUCUGGGUCGAUACUGCUCUUCAAGACUAUAUAUAAAGGGGAAAACUGGUAAAAGGUAUUAUUAGGGAAUACUUCAACACACUUCAUGUAAAUGACACACGGCACUAUUCUACAGGCUGCGUUUUGUAUCAUUGUAGAAAUUCUCUCUGGGCAUGUCACCGAUAAUAUGUUGUUGUCAUAUCACUGUUGGGGAAACUAAUCCAUGAAAAUAACCUAUAGAGAUUUGCUAUCAUAAAUAUAUAUAUAAAAACUGCAUCAACGAUC